AUGUAAAUAAUUACUGGUGAUGAAACAGGAUUAUUAAAAUUAAUUGAUUUAGAUAAAAACGAAGUGAUUAAGAAAUAUGGAGAACAAGGUAAAGAAUUUAAAGUAAUCUAAAUAUUAAACUUAAAAAUUGUUGAUAUAUGCUUUUUCUUGGUUUUGAGGGAGUAAAGUUUAUUAUUAUUGGAUAAUGAAUUAAAUGAAAUAACUUAAAUCAGCAUUGAUUCUUCACCUUUAAAAGGAUUUUGUGAUUUAAAUCAUGAUAUCUAUAUAAUUUAUAGCAAUAGAAAAAUUAAUCAUGUAAAAUAUGAUUAAGAUCAAAACUUAUUUCUUUAAUAAGAAACAAUAAACUCAAAUGAUUUUUUGCCUUUUACAAAUUGCAAAGAUAGAUAUGUAACUUCAGCUGCUAUUUCUAAUGAUUAAACUUUAUUAAUAGUGACUUAUUUUGGUGUUUCACCAUCUAUUUUUAAUUUAAAAUAGAAAAAAUUAUAAUGGUAAUCAAGAAAUGUUAAAAAUGAUGAAUUAGAUCUUUAAGUUAAAAUGCAUGAUUAUGAUGGAUUAUUUUUAGAUGAUUAUUCUGUUGGUGUUAUUACAACUCACUAAACUCUUAGAAUAUAUAGUAUUCUUUAAUAGAAAUCAUAACCAGUUUCUGAAAAUUCAUUAAAACAUUCAAAAACUAAAAUUAAAUUAUUAUGA